GGAGUCCGCACGGCCCCCUCUGAGCUUCUCCCCGUUUCAGAGACGCUGGCCGAUGCGGAGAGGCCCCGUGGCGCGGCUGAGGUGUCGGACCGGAUGUGCUGCUCCACCUGCACCCAGGCCUUUGACAGCCGGGAGGAGCAGACGGAGCAUUACCGCCUGGACUGGCACCGCUUCAACCUGAAGCAGCGGCUGCGUGGGCGCCGGGCGCUCACGGCUGAGGAGUUCGAGGACCAGACCGGGGCCGGGGGCGUCUCCAGCAUCUCCGGCUCCAGCUCUGGCUCCAGCUCUGAUUCCAGCAGUGACUCGGACGUGUCCCCACCCCAGGGCGGCGUGAGGGGCAGCUGGCCAGAGCCCCUCCAGGGCCGGUGUUCCCACAAGGUGCUGUUCCGCAACGCGCAGGGCCAGCUCCUGGCUGCCUACCGCUGCGUGCUAAGCACUGCCCAGGGCAGGAGCGAGGAGCCCGAGGACCUGGUGACAGCUCUGCGGGGCUUGAGCCCGGAUGCCUGCUGGGUCGUGCUGAUGCUGGGCGGUGGGCACUUUGCUGGCGCCAUCUUCCGGGGGUCCCAGGUGCUGGAGCACAAAACCUUCCAUCGCUACACAGUGCGGGCGCGGCGUGGGACGGCCCAGGGGCUGCGGGAUGCCCAGGCCCCUGGCUGCAUCCCCCGAUCUGCCGGCGCCUCCCUGCGGCGCUAUAACGAGGCUGCACUGCUUAAGGACAUCCAGGAGCUGCUGGCCAGCUGGGAGCCGCACCUGCAGGGUGCCCAGCGCAUCUUCCUACGCGCCCCCCGCUCUGCCCGCGCCCUGCUCCUCGGUGGCCGGAGUCCCCCGCUGCCCCGGGCCUCCCCGCACAUCCACCACAUACCCCUCAGCACCCGCCGGGCCACCUUCCGCGAAGUGCAGCGUGUGCACAGCGCCCUGGCCACCCUCCAGGUCUACGGGAAGGACACAUCGGUGGCCGAUCUCAUCGGCUCCCCCCGGAAGGCUUGGAGGAAGGUGCCACGGGCUGGGGUGGAGCAGGAGGAGCCUCCACAGGCCCUGUCGGAGGAGGAGGAUGCGGAUGCGGAAGGGGGGAGCCUGUCGGGGGAUCUGGAGACGGUGGAGGUGACGCUGGGGACGCUGGCACUGCGGGAGUUCGAGGUGAUGCCCCGGCGUCGCCGGAGGAGGAGGAGGAAGGGGCCACGAAUGGCUGGAGGAUCGGAGCCGUGCUCUGAGAAGCCAGGAGGCGGCGACGACCCGGAGACCUCACAACAGCAGCCAAACCCGAGUGUGGAGCCUAGGCCCCAGGGAACAGGACCCGCCCUCACCGAGCUGCGGGAUGCACUGUUUACGGCCUGCAAGACAGGUGACGCACAGACACUGCAGCUCCUGUUGGGAGCCCCCGUGGGUGCAUCAGAGCAGCCUGGGGGCCCUGCGCUCCUCGCUCUGCUCAACGCACCCAUCCAUGCUGGUGGCUUCACCCUGCUGCACGUGGCAGCGGCCGCAGGGCAGGGGGAGGCCGUGCGGCUGCUGCUGGAGGCCGGUGCUGACCCCACGGUCAGAGAUGGGCGGGAGAGGCCCCCGUACUGCGUCUGCGCCUACAAGCCGACCCGCAGCGCCUUCCGCCGCUUCGCAGGGGAGCAGCCAGACCGCUAUGACUACACCCGGGCCCAGGUCCCAGCGCCGCUGAGGCCAGAGGUGGAGGUGCAGCAGCUGGAGCGGCGGCGGGCGCAGCAGGUGCGGCGGCGGCAGCGGGAGCAGGUGCGGCGGGAUGAGCAGCGACGGCAGGAGCAGGAGGAGGAGGAGAAGCGGCGCUUCGCCGCCCUCCCCGAGCGCGACAAGAGGGCCCUGGCAGCUGAGCGGCGGCUGGCGGCGCAGCUGCAGGAGUCCAGCAUGGCACUCACCACCUGCAGGCGCUGCUGGCAGUGUGGCGAGUCUCUGCUGGGCCGUGUGCCCUUCCACUACCUCGACGGCGCCUUCUGCUCCACUGCCUGUCUGCAGGCUCACCGGAGGGCACGGGCCGGCCCACCCUAGUGCCAACCCCACCUGACGGAGAUGGGUCUGGCUUGCUGGAGAGCUCCCAAGGGGCCUGGGAGCAGGCUGGGGGAGAGGGAAAGGCCCAGGACCCUUCAUUUGGGGGAACCUCACACCCCAGCUGGACCCGGGGCCACCUGUGCCAUGAGCCCAGGGCCAGCUCUGUGCUGUGAUAUCACUGUGGCCAAUAAAUGCACACGUGCAUGGAA